GGGGGCGCUGUGAGCGCUCCGAUGAAAGUGAUUCACUUCCGGGAUAAUGACAGGCGGCGUUUGUAGCGCCGGCGCAGAAUUUUAAAAAAGCAACAAUAUACCGUCGCGAGCAGGGCGAUGGGACCAGACGGGGCCCCGGGCCCAGCUGUGCCCUGGCGCAAGGUGCUAUGGGAGCGCCAGCCGUUCCCGGACAACUACGUGGACCAGCGGUUCCUGGGGGAACUGCGGCGGAACGAGGGCAUCCGGCAGUACCGCUACUGGGCCGUGGCGCGAGAGGCGGGCUUCGUUGCCGAGCAGCUGUCCUGCGUGGCCAUUUUCAUCACCCUCUGGCUCUACAUGGAGCAGAGUCUGCUGUCCCCCGAGACGCUGUUGUGGACCAGCCUCGCCUGCGCCCUGCUGGGUUACGGACUGCACCGAGCCCUGUCGUCUCAGGGCGACUCCGGCUGCGAGCGCCGGACCCGGCUGGCCGACUUGCAGAGCGCCGCCAUUUUUCUCUCCUUCACCUUCGGCUUCUCGCCGGUCCUGAAGACGCUGACGGAGUCCGUGAGCACCGACACGGUGUACGCCAUGUCCGCCGUGAUGCUGCUGGCCCACCUGGUGUCCUUCCCGUACGCCCAGCCCUCGCCCCCCGGCAGCCUCUCCCUGAACGCGGCCCUGUUCGCCUCGGUGUGUUUGGCCUCCAGGUUGCCCGGGGCCCUGCACACCUUCGCCAUGAUCACCUGUGCCCUGCUGGUGUUCGCCCUGUGGCCCUGCCUGCUGCAGAGGCUGAGGGGGAACGCCCCCGGACAGUUCGCCGGGGUGUGUGUGGGAGUGUGCGUCGCAGGGGUGGCCGGUCUGGGCUCCCAGUGGCCGGGGGGAGCCGUGCUCCUGGCCCUGGCCUUGGGGAGCGUCACGUUGCUCUGCCCGCUGCUGCUGGUCCGACUGCAGGAACACAAGGACAACAUCCAGGGACCCUGGGACGAGGCCGAGAUCCAGGAGGAACUCAGCCUCUUCGGCAACUGAGGGGCCGAGCCAAGGGGAGCACACGGGGCAGACAUUUUGAGGCGUUGCUGAGAGUUUUAUACGGAUUCAUUUACCGGCAGUCAACUCUUUCAGCGUCGGCCAUCUGUUUGGACGGCCAUGACGACUUCUUAUACUCUUAAUGUUCAAGCUGCCGUCGGCUGCAUAAGUGUUGACCUCUGAAUGUAUUAACGUGCUUUACUGGUCACGUUCUGAUAUCGGGGAUGUUUUAAUAAUCUGUGGGAGAUUUUUCUUUGUUAUAUGGUUGUGUAGAGUAUGUUGGUGGAUUAGAAACGGUGUUAAAAUGAGACAUUUAGAUUAUUUUAAAAGGGUUUUGUAAUAAAGAAAAGUUUCCGGUGCUGGAAGGUAUUAAAUAAAAUAGUUGGGGAUUACCAGAAGGUCAUUUUUACUACAGUGGGAGUGUAAUGCGACAAUAAUAAAAAUAAUGUUAUCAAAAUGUAUUUUCAGUGGUACAUGAUGCAUUCAUUUGAAAUGUUUUCAUGUGUUAAUUAAUGAACCCAACAGCUCCUAUGGAAUAAUAACGUAUAUUACCCAGGAUAACCUCUGAGAUGCUUAGCAAACACGCUCCUGUUGAUCAUCGUAAGAGCAGGAAACCAGUAAGAGAGUUAAGAGAUAAACUAGUUACCUUUAUUUUCCACCCCCCCCCCCCCCCCCCCCCCGCCCCCAAAAGACUAAAGUGAACGGUGUCUUACAUCAAAGUAUUCACUUUAAUUUUAAUAUCUGUAACUUGGAGCUUUUCAAUAUUUUAUAACUUGCAAUGGUCAAAAUAUUCAGAUUUUAACUUGAUGCAAUUUAUAAAGUUUGGUCUCCAACUGACGGAGCCCGGGAGUAAGUAAUUAUUUUAUACAAAUAUUUUAAUUGUGAUUGUGUAUUUGUGUUACAUUAUUUAUUUCCGUCUUGUAACUUCCAUUUUGUCUGCUAUAAUUAUUAUUUAAGUUACCGUGAACUUGUAUUCAUUCUCUUGAAUAAAACAUGUGCCUUUUAUU